AGCUAGCCGCGGAGGCAGCGGGCUGAGCGAUGGAGGCCGACGGGCUGCCGCGGGCCGGCGAGUCCGUGGCGGGCCCGGGCCCGGGCGGCGGCGGAAUGAUCCGCGAGCUGUGCCGGGGCUUCGGCCGCUACCGCCGCUACCUGGGGCGGCUGCGCCAGAACCUGCGCGAGACCCAGAAGUUCUUCCGCGACAUCCACUGCUCGCACGGCCACAGUUGUCCCUCCUCCCCCGAGGGCGGCGGCGCGGCCGAGCUUGGCCCUGCCGGAGACGUCGCCGAAGCCCUGCUGCCGCCGGGCCAGCUGAGCUGCAUUUCCUUCCCACCCAAGGAAGAGAAGUAUCUCGAGCAGGCUGUGGACUGCCUUCCCUGUAUAUUGAUCCUCGGCCAGGACUGUAACGCCAAGCGCCAGCUGCUGAACCUGCUGUUGGGGGUGCAGGUGCUUCCCACCAUCAAGCUGGACGGUGAUGAGAGCUGUAAGCUCCGGAGACUCCGCUUCACCUAUGGGACCCAGACUCGGGUCAGCCUGGCACUCCCCGGCCAGUAUGAACUGGUGCACACGCUGGCUGCACACCAGAGCAACUGGGAGACCAUCCCUGAGGAGGACUUGGAGGUUCAGGAAGACAGCGAGGAUGCCGCUCAUGUUUUAGCUGAGCUGGAGGUGACAAUGCAUCACGCUCUCCUACAGGAAGUGGACGUUGUGGUGGCUCCAUGCCACAGCCACCAGCCUGCCGUACAUGUUCUGGGUGACUUGGCGAAUGACUCCUUGCCUGUGAUAACCUAUGCACUUCGCAAAGAUGAGCUGUCUGAGAGGGAUGAACAAGAGCUUCAGGAAAUCAGGAAGUAUUUCUCCUUUCCCGUGUUCUUUUUCAAAGCACCCACGCUGGAGAUCAUGGACUCCUCCUGUGAGAGAGCAGAGAGUGAAAGAUCACCUCUGUAUCGACAGCUAAUGGACCUGGGCUAUCUGAGUGGCAGUCACAGGAGCUGCGUAGCCCCUGAGCAGGACAGCAGAGCUCAGAGCAUGUUGGUGCAGCAAGGCGAGAAACUGAGGCAGCUGAGUGCAUUUUCUCAGCAGCUGCUACAGACCCGCCUGGUGGACGCAGCCAAGGCCCUGAACGUGCUCCACUGCCGAAGCCUUGACAUUUUCAUAAACCAGGCUUUUGAUAUGCAGCGGGACCUGCAGAUCACUCCCAAACGCCUGGAAUAUACUAGAAGAAAGGAGAAUGAACUGUACGAGUCAUUGAUGAACAUUGCCAACCGGAAGCAGGAGGAAAUGAAGGAUAUGAUUGUUGAGACUCUUAACACCAUGAAAGAGGAACUUCUGGAUGAUGCUGCCAACAUGGAGUUUAAAGAUGUCAUUAUCCCUGAGAAUGGAGAAACGGUGGGCACCAGAGAGAUCAAAUGCUGCAUCCGACAGAUCCAAGAGCUUAUCAUCUCCAGGCUCAACCAGGCGGUGGCCAACAAGCUGAUCAGCUCAGUGGAUUACCUACGGGAAAGCUUUGUCGGGACCCUGGAACGGUGUCUGCAGAGCCUUGAAAAAUCACAGGAUGUCUCAGUUCACAUUACCAGCAAUUAUCUCAAACAGAUCUUAAAUGCCGCCUACCAUGUGGAAGUCACGUUUCACUCAGGGUCCUCAGUUACAAGGAUGCUUUGGGAACAAAUCAAGCAGAUCAUUCAGCGUAUCACAUGGGUGAGCCCACCCACCAUCACUCUAGACUGGAAGAGGAAGGUGGCCCAGGAAGCCAUCGAGAGCCUCAGCGCCUCCAAGUUGGCCAAGAGCAUUUGCAGCCAGUUCCGUACUCGGCUCAAUAGUUCCCAUGAGGCUUUUGCAGCCUCCUUGAGGCAGCUGGAAGCUGGCCACUCUGGCCGGCUGGAGAAAACUGAAGAUCUGUGGCUAAAGGUUCGAAAAGAUCAUGCCCCUCGUCUGGCCCGCCUUUCACUAGAGAGCCGGUCUUUACAGGAUGUCUUGCUUCAUGGCAAACCUAAAUUAGGACAGGAGUUAGGCCGGGGCCAGUAUGGUGUGGUGUACCUGUGUGACAACUGGGGGGGACACUUCCCUUGUGCCCUCAAGUCAGUUGUUCCUCCAGACGAGAAGCACUGGAAUGACCUGGCAUUGGAGUUUCACUACAUGAGGUCUUUGCCAAAGCACGAGCGGUUGGUGGAUCUUCACGGUUCGGUCAUUGAUUACAACUAUGGUGGAGGCUCCAGCAUUGCUGUUUUGCUUAUUAUGGAGCGGCUGCACCGGGACCUCUACACAGGGCUGAAGGCUGGGCUGACUCUGGAGACACGUUUGCAGAUAGCCCUGGAUGUGGUGGAGGGAAUCCGGUUUCUGCACAGCCAGGGGCUUGUCCAUAGGGAUAUCAAACUGAAAAACGUGCUGCUGGAUAAACAAAACCGUGCCAAGAUCACUGACUUAGGAUUCUGCAAGCCAGAAGCGAUGAUGUCAGGAAGCAUUGUUGGGACCCCCAUCCAUAUGGCCCCUGAGCUUUUCACAGGGAAGUAUGAUAAUUCUGUGGAUGUCUACGCCUUUGGGAUCCUUUUCUGGUAUAUCUGCUCAGGCUCUAUCAAGCUCCCCGAGGCGUUUGAGAGGUGUGCUAGCAAAGACCAUCUCUGGAACAAUGUGCGCAGAGGGACCCGCCCAGAGCGUCUUCCUGUGUUUGAUGAGGAGUGCUGGCAGUUGAUGGAAGCCUGUUGGGAUGGUGACCCCUCUAAGAGGCCUCUCCUGGGCAUCGUCCAGCCUAUGCUCCAAGGCAUUAUGGACCGGCUUUGCAAGUGCAAUUCUGAGCGACCAAACAGAGGACUAGAUGAUUCUACUUGAAGACAAAACCUUUCUCUUUCACUCUGUUCCUUCUUUCCCUCUUACCUUUUGGCCAUGGGGAGAAUUUGUCAUUUGUUCAUUAAUGGAGCUCCCAAGGGAAUUGGUGCUUGUUUGCAACUCCAGACCUUCCUGGGAGAGAUGGCUCCUGGACAGUGAAGAAUUCAGUGGCUGUUUUAGUGUUUGUACUGCCUCACACUAUCUCUUUAGCAAAUGGUUGUCUCAGAUGUGCAGAAGCUGAAGAAUGUCAUGUUCUGGACUCAACUGAGAAGGAGGCAACUGUUCCGCUGUGUGUUCACUGUAUGUGUUUCUAAAGCAAGUGGGGCACUGCAGUGCAGGGUAGAAAACUGUCAGUCAUGCUCAUGGCUCCGGCUGGGGCAGCUCAGUUCUGUCCAAUGGUAGAGGCCACUUAGAGCACAUAGCCUAAGUUCAGUUCAUGUGACUGCAAGGGCAAAGAGCAAACCGACCCAGCCAAAUAUACCUUGUGGCUGCCGGGUUCUUAUUCUCUGUAGUCAGAAGCCCCAGGAGACAGCUGGGUGUGAGGCUGUGUGCCCUCACAACCCAGUGUUUACAUUUCCAGGGAGCCCAAGGAGCCCUGGUUUCUGCAGGGCAGGGCUAACCCAGAACAAAAUUUGUUUGAUUCAGGGUCUUUCCCUACCUCCUACCCUUGUUUUCCCUUAAAAAGGAGGGAAUCCUCCAGAUAGCAUGGUACUUGGACUUCAUCUGAUCAGACAGAAAUAGACUACCAUUUUGUUGUUGUUUUAAUGGGAUGUAGCCCAGGCUGGCCUUAAAAUCCCUUCCUUCUGCCUAGCCUCCAAAGUGCUGAAAUUACAGGCAUGUGCUCCCAUGUCCAGCUUUUAACUAUGGAACUCACUCUUUUAUUUCUUUCUUCAGUGCUAGGGGUCAGUCCCACAUCCUCAGAACUGCUGGUGGGUGCUCUCCUGUGCGCCACACUCCAGCUUCACAGAGCUUUCAAAGUUCACAUUUGAUAUUGGGCAUAGUGAGCUCUGAAGAGGAUGCAGUCGGGCAUAAUGGUCUCCUAAAUACUCUAGCUCUUAAGAAUUCCACACAGUGCUCUACACGCAAAUUGUACCAGACAAGGGCCCAGUAUCUUUGGCCCCAUUUUGGUAGAAUGCUUAGUUUAGUUCUUAGAAUUUUAACAUCUACUCAACUAUACUUAGUUACUCUGCUCAGAGCCAUUAACUUGCUGUCCUCUGGAGACAGUAGAAUGUACAGGAAGCCAGGUGUCAAGAAAGAAGAAAUGAGUCAUCUCUACUAUUUAGGUCUGUGUGUGUGAAACUUAAAAGAUGACCCUUGUUCUUGAACUCUAACUGUAAUACAGAGGCUGUAGGUCCAGUAUGGAAACCACAUUACUAACUUUCUUAGCAUAUCUGAGCUCAUCCUCAGACUCAUAAGUGGGAGUUUAGACUUUUUUUUCCCAUCCAGAGUCCAUUUUCAGUCUUCUGCCAGAUUAUAGGUUCAUUUUUUUCAAUCUUUAAUUUUUAAAAAGAAGAUUCCAUCCAUUUUCCUGACCAGUAGGAGGGAGAGAAUAUAAAGAGUAGUUUGGUAGUUCAUUCAUUAAAAAGUAUCUGAAAAAGUCCAAGAUAUUCCUGGAAAUGUCCGGGCCAGUCAGAGGCCACAUGGGGGUAUUUGGUGGUGGUAUUUCAGUGCUCAGCAGGCUGAGUGUGCGAACAUGUGUGUCUAAUUUGUAUGUAUUUUACUUUAUAACAUUGUAAGCUAAUUUUGGAUUCUUUGUUUUUUGGCAUCUGUUAUUAUUUCAGAGAUAAAAUGCCAUGAGAUGUACUGUAUUGAAUGUCACUUGGGAAGACACUAGGUCCUCAGAGAAGUGUGCUGGCACUAAGGAAGUACAGGGCGUGGGGAGAAGAAGGGGGGCAUAGAGAGCUACUUUACCACGUGCCAUCCUUCAAAGAAGCUUCCAUAAGGGCAGUUACUCCAGCCCGGAAGUGACCAGCUGGCUGCUGCUUAGGAGCGGAAAGUCUGCUUACCCAUUUGCUUUGGAAUGAGUGACAGGCCCUCGUGCAGAGCAAUCAGAAGCAAUGCUGGCAGUCUGGCCCUUGCGUGGCUCACCGGUGCCCUUGAGCCAGCAGCAGCACAGCUGAGUGGCUUCGUGACUGAGUAGUCUUUCUGCCUGCAAAAAAGGACUGCCCUGAUUGUUCCUAGACCAAAGAGAGUCACUUCUGACUCCAUCCACUGUAAGGGCAGGGCUAGGCAGCCACUGGGUCAAAACAUUAACACUAAAGCGUAAGGAAACCAAGGAAAGGACUCCUUUCUACACAGCUGGAGCCGGAGAAUGGUGAACUCGGAACACUGCUCCGUUCCCCAAGUGCAUUUUGUAUUUUCGCUUGAGCUGUCAUCGAUAGGUUAGAGCACUCAGGGUAUGUGGAGUUAAGUGGUAGAAUGUGCUCAGUGUGCACAUGGCCUGGGGUUCAGGGUCUAAUACCAAAACAAAACAAAACAAAACAAAACACAACACAAAGGUCAAAGGGGUUGGAGAAUGUUCUUCCUGACAAAAGUGGCCUGGGGUACUGGGGCUGUAAAGUGACAACUGCACUAAAUGACACUUUAUUUUUGUCGUUGUUGUCUUAUUUAGCACUGAGAGGCCCAGGAGAUGGGUCAGUACAGUCACACUUAGGGAAACUGAGGCACCCUCUGGUCUUGCUCUGGAGAGAUGCCCUGCUUGUUUUAUGUAGCUUACAGGGAGACCUCCCAAGCCCGUGUUGCAUCAGUCAGGGUGGAUUAACAGCCUUGGAAAGUGCAUUCCAAAGGAGGAGCUGCUUUAAGAGUUCAGGACUUGCACUUUGCAUGUGCUAGGUCAAAAAGUCCACAUUUUCCUUAAAAGAAAAUGAGGGUUUAGUCUUCUAAGUGUUGGGUUAUGUGAGGUAGCACUACUGUGAUAGUAGAGUGGCCUUAAGACACCGGUACUGCAAACUCCCCUAGAAGUUUCAAGUGGUACAGGUGCUCUUAAAAGUUUUAUGUUAACUUCAUCUGGUUUGUUAGAACCAAGUGUGAUUGACAUCGUGGUGGAGACUGGGAACCCUGACGUGGGGACCCCAGUUAGCCCAGAGGUUGACAAUAAACUUAGUCCGGAUGGUUUGCUGGUUUUUUAUUUUGUGUCUUUAUGUAAUGUUUUUAUUGUUUUAAAGGACUAAUGUUUAUUACAGUAUUAUAUAAAAGUGUAACAUACUAAGUGUGUAGAAUAAAGUGCAGUAACAAAAGGUGACUUUGACACAGA